AUGUACUCCUUAUAUACAAUUAGUAUACGACGAGCAAUCCCUCGAAUAAGUCGAAUACGACUGACUACUAAUCAAUUAUCAUCAAUUAAACAUCGUACCACUUCCCGAUACAAUACAACAAUUGAAAGAUAUCAACAUACAACUACUGCUACGGCUACGGCUACGGCUACUACAGACACAACAACUACAUUUGACAUUGACGGAACUGCCGAAGCCCCAUCUCCCACUCCCAAUAAGUCAAUUGUAAUAGACCGAGAGGAACACAUCCAACAAUUAAACAAACAUUUCCAAUUAGUAAUAUCUGAUGAAUCACGAUUCGAUGAAGCAAUACAUUUAAUAGACACAUAUGAAAACCUACUAUCUCCCAAACUCCUUCAAGUAUUCAUCUAUAAUCUCCUCCAAACAAACAAUCUCGAACUAGUCACAAUUCUCCUUCAUAAACUAAUCCCCAAUACAAUCCCAUGUCUCCCUAAUGAAUUAUGGUCAAUUUAUAUUUCCAAAACUUGUGAAACUCCCAAUUAUUUAUCAGCAAUUUACAUCUUUCAUAACAUAAUCGACCCAUAUCCAUUCCACAUCGAAGAUCCUAGUCAUUACACCUUGGAUAAUAACCUUGUCCCCUUCCUCAUAACCCCGGACCAAAUCCGGGGUCUUGCCUUAGUCUUCUCGAUUCAUCGUGAUUCAAUUAGACAAAUUGGUCUCAUGACUUAUUUCAAACGGUUUUAUUCCGCCAUGCAUAAUCAAGACCUUUAUAGAUUCUUAAGUAUUCAAUUAAUCGAAACAUAUGCAUCCAAACCCGAAACCCAUCUUCAUGCCUUGGAUGAAUUUAAUAAAUUGGCAUAUCGAACUGAGGUUAUUGAACAGCGAGGAUUAAGAUCACGUCAUGGUAAAUUAUUGGGGUUUGUCGGUCAUAAAAAUGUGGCAACCCGAUUGGAUAGGACGAAAUAUAAUCUAUUCCCGAUGGAUAAUGACCAGAUUAUUCCGGAAGAUAAAAAGACACAAUUGGAUUUACAUCAACAAUUGAUUGGAAAAAUAUGUAAUUUGGAAUUAUUCAAUCCAUUUAUGUUUAGAAAUGUCUAUCAUUAUCGAGGAGUUCAAAAUCCUAUCAUUAGUCGAUUGUAUUAUGUUGAUGAAUUACCCAAUUUUAAUAAAUUUAUUCAAUCACAAGUUGAAAAUGUCUUAUCUGAAGACAAAAAUGUUCUAGAGACUUUGGUGAAAAUGUGUUCUGGUUCUCGAGUGUUUAUGAAUGAUAUAGGACAUGUUUUUAUCGUGAGUUCAUUGUGUAAAUUACAUAAACAAUUUUUGGCCUUGGGUUUCCUAAAAGCAUUAGCAAAUACUCAAAUAGAGAAAUAUAAUCAGCAUGCAAUUCGAUAUCAAAAUUUCCAAAUCAUAAUCCAUAGUAUUCUGGAAGAUAUGACCCAAGCGGAUUUAGGUGGGAUGGAAUUAAGGGAGUUUUUGAAAUUGAUGAUGGAUUUUCAUUCUGAAAUGCGUGGGGUUCGUCAAGAUAAGCCGACUUCACCAGGGUAUAGAGUCUUACAGGAAUAUAUCUCGUUGUUGUUGAAAUUACCCGAUGUGAGGUUGCAUGAAUUGGUUCCAUAUUUGGAAAUGUUAUACCAAAGAUCUGAUAAUUAUUUAUGUCUAUUUGAAGAUCAAUAUAAUAAAUUAAUGGAAUUAUUAACUCCGGAUUAUGAGAUGUAUAAAUCAAUUGUUCAUAAAAUAUGA